AUGCCGCAAGCGCCGAACGAUCGCUCGAGUGUUGGAGCGGGAAAAAGGAUAACCUGGAUUAAAUUGGAUUUACUUUCUAACCCACAGCUGGCUUUGGUUGGCUGCCAGGACUAUCAGUACCAUCGUCCGCAGACUCCUUUUGUGGCGGAAACCUACCACCAGCAGCAUCAGCAGCAGCAGCCUCAGACCACCAGGUUCGUGGUGCAGACUUUGGGUCGCACUUACGGCCUGGAAACGCAGAGGGCCCCAACCAUCUAUGAGGAUCAUCAGACGCAGGUGUUCCAGCUUUUGGAGCAGCGCCAGGUGCCGCAGUAUCAGCAAUAUCAGCAGUAUCGGGCUGCUCCUCAGCAGCAGUUGCACACGAGCAGCUACCAGAAUCCCCUGCUGGUCAGCACCAACUACCAGGCGCCACCUCUGUCCCUGCCCCCGCCAGUUCCCGCUGCUCCUCCUCAGCCCCUAAGCUACUAUGUGCCACCCCAGCAGCCACAGCCUGCUCCAAUUCAGGCUCCCAUCUACCAACCUCCACCCCAACAGCAGCCAGCUGCCCAGCCACCGGCCACUUACCUGCCACCUCAGCAGCCUGCCCAGAAACUGUUCUUCGGCAAUCCCUUUCCCUAUGCCCCGGUGACCACCGGCUCGGGACAACAGGUCCUGGAUGCAGGACACGGAUCGGGAGUGGCUCCCAAUGAGGUGCAGGCUCAGCUGCUGCAGGCCACGGGAUCGGCUCAGCCGGAAAUUCGGGUGGGCGACCAGGUGGGCCAGUCGCAGAGCUCCAGCCUGGAUAGCUACGACUACAAGCAGACCACUGCCGGGGAUACCAGGGAGUACCAGAGGUUCGUGACCAGCUGCCCGGGAGGUGGCGGCUGCCAGAAGAAGGAGCUCAAUCCCGGCGAGGUGGACGACAGCCACAAGAAAGCGCUGCAGACGGUGAGGGCCUCCACGCAGCCACGUGUGGAGGGCUGCUUCAAGAGCCAGGUGGUCUAUGUGCCAGCCGGAGCAGCUGUCAAUAAUCAGGGACAGCUGCGACCAAAGAACCGACGCACCUUCGAGCGCCAGGAGCAGGUCUUCGACAGAUAUCCAUACAACUAAAUCCUCUCUCUCUAAUCACUCACCGAAUUUCACAUCGAAUUUAUUAGUUUUUUACGCCUAGUUGUCAGUUCGUUGAUUGUUGUAAAUAAAUCGAGCGAAGAUUAAAUUUUAAAACACAAA